UAGCAAAAAACGGAGAUUGACGCAACGCCGAUGAAGUUUGAAAUUAGGGCAAAACAGGGGGAGGACGAUGAUCUUUUGGUCGUUCCCACCGACGAGAAAGCAGAUUGUUGUGUCGGUGACGUUCUUCGUCGUCGGAGCGUUGCUAUUCUCCGGCGGUGCGUACCUUUCACUCGUCAACAUCGGCCCUCAACAAGCCCGCGCCAAGGCUCGCUCCGAUUACGUCAAGGCUCGUCUCCGGAAAUGGCUCGAUGAUUAAGCUUUAAUUUCAUGUAUCAGUGUUGUUGAAUCUGUUUGAAAUGCUCGAUGAAGAUGCCGAAAGGUUAGUGUAAAUUUCGAGUUUUCUUCUUCUUCUUCUUCCAAUAAACAAAAGAUCGGUGGAGGGUUUUCGGUUCAUGAACAAAUCCUUACAUUUGUGUCGACACUGUAAUAUUCCCACAGAAAUCGAGAUUCAUGAGCAAAUCCUUACAUAUAUGCAUCAUCCCCUUUGGGAUUCUGUGUUC